AUGACGAGAACACAUUCCAACAAAAGAAAACUAAGUACCAUACUUUAUCUAUCUAUCUAUCUAUCUAUCUAUCUAUCUAUCUAUCUAUCUAUCUAUCUAUCUAUUUCUCUCUCUCUCUCUCUUUCACUAUCUAUCUAUCUAUCUAUCUAUCUAUCUAUCUAUCUAUCUAUCUAUCUAUCUAUCUAUCUAGUCUGUUCCUUUCUCUUUCUCUCUUUGAUCUAUCUACCUAGUCUAUUUUUCUCUCUCUAUUUCACUAUCUAUCUAUCUAUCUAUCUAUCUAUCUAUCUAUCUAUCUCUUCUUCUGUUCAUCUCUCUCUCUCUCUCUUUCUCUCUCUCUCUUUCUCCAGCUCUCUCUCUCUCUCUCUCUCUGAUCUACCUAUCUAUCUAUCUAUCUGGAUGAUCCUGAAUCAAUCCUCAGUGGGCCCGUUUUUCGUGCCGGAAUGCCGGAAGAUUCUUCAAGUGCCAAAGUCUCAAGUGAACUUUUACCUGGCCGAACCGAAGACUUACGGGAAAUACCGCGCCUAUUUGCCCGACCGGGUCCUCGACAAGGGAAGACUCCAUUCGGGUGUCAUGGUUCUGGAUCCCUACCCUACAGCCAGUUUCGGACACCUGGUGUUGGUGUUUUUCAUUGACCAGGAUGUCAGUUUGGCUCACUGCCAGCAUUCUAACGGUUUUUCCUCAGUAUCUAUCUAUCUAUCUAUCUAUCUAUCUAUCUAUUGGGGGUGUCUGUCUGUCUAUCUAUCUAUCUAUCUAUCUAUCUAUCUAUCUAUCUAUCUAUCUAUCUAUCUAUGCCUUUACAUCAAAUACAAAAUCUAUCUAUCUAUCUAUCUAUCUAUCUAUCUAUCUAUCUAUUACCGACACAGAAACAUACACAACCAUUCUUUCUUUCUUUCUUUCUUUCUUUCUUUCUUUCUUUCUUUCUUUCUUUCUUUCUUUCUUUCUCACGUUUCCACUUCCUUCCUUUUCUUCUUCCCUAUUUCCCCCCCUAAAAUUAUUUCUCCAUUCUUACGCUUUUCGUGUUGCUCCAGUGAUGAAUUACGCAUGCAUAUACGAAAACAUAAAUUCUUACAUUCCUUCUCUCUAUUUGGUGUAAACAUCAGUACAAAAAUAGUUACAUUACAUAUCUGUACGAAGAAAAGUAUAAAUGGUUGUUACUUUACUUACCUAUUUAAGGAAAAUUUCUGUUCCUUCGUAUCUAUCUAUCUAUCUAUCUAUCUAUCUAUCUAUCUAUCUAUCUAUCUAUCGUUCUGA